AUGAAUAUUUCAGAGACUCUAGCACGUCAAAUCCGGUUCAUUGUUGAACGUGCUGUAGCUCCAGCGCAAACUAGUAUUUAUGAUUUACUUGACCCUUCGAGUAAGUCAGUCGUUUUAGGAACGCCAGGUGAAGAUGAUGAAUAUUCGUAUCUACCCUCAUGGGGUCAUGAAUCUGGAUGGAAACAAAAUUUUGUGUCUACAGGAAGUUCUUCAAUCGAUGAUAGCUUGAAUGGAGGCUUUGCAAAAGGAAUGAUAUCGGAACUCGUUGGAGAAAGUGCAACAGGCAAAACACAAUUCUGUCUCUAUGUGACCGUUUGCACUGCAUUAGGGCUACCUGCCGAAAAUCAGCAUCCCAAGCCAUCUUCGUACUUACGUGGCGGGAAAGGAAAAAGUGUUGCACUUAUCACCUCUAAAGGCAGAACCGCAGCGCAGCAUAUGGUAUCGCGGAUGGUGGAAAUAGCUCAACAACUUUUACGACUCUGGUUUGAGCAACCUAGUGUGCCAGAUACACAUGUGGACGAACUAGUGGAAAAAGGCAUAAAACUUCUGCUAGGAAAUGUAUUUCUCGCCUGCACAAACACGUUUGAAUCAGCAGAACAUGUACUAUGUUAUAUACUUCCGGGGCUUGUGUCAAGAAAAAUGUUUUCUUUAAGCGCGUUUGAGCUGUUGGUGCUGGAUAGCGUGCCACCUCUUCUCCAAGAAGAUGUACAUGAGAACAUUCUUUCUGAUUCUCCCGCUUCGCAGCAUAGUGUUCGUGCAUCUCGACUGCAUGCAUUGGCAUGUUUCCUCAAGCGUUUAGCGUUUGGAGCGGGUGACGCGGCAUCGAUGGCUGUGAUCGUUGUGAAUCAUGUUCAUGAUGCUUUCUUGCAUGACGCAGCUCUUAUUCGACGAGCACUAGCUUGUGGUGAGUUGCCGUACGGCUCUUUGGAUCAUGACGCGAUGCAGUCGGUAAUCCAACACAAAGCUUCCCUCCCAUUAGCCUAUACCCCCCAAGCGGCCCAUUUUUCGGGAUUAUUAGCGUAUGUCCCAUAUGCAAAACACUACGCAUCUUCUUCCCAUUCGAUUGAAGCUGAUAUUAAUUGCUUGAAAAUGGCGCAGUUGGGUCUAGUUUGGACAAACUGCAUCAACGCGCGUUUUUUGCUCGCACAUGUUCGAUGUCCAAACAAGAUCCAACUACCAGCACGUCGUUUCCGAGUUGUAUUUUCACCUACGUGCGCGCAACCGGCACCGCCGGAAGUUCUGUUUACCAUAACGCGUAAAGGGAUUGAAGUUCUUUGA